AGGAAAACCCACCUUUUCUCAUUGUUAAGGACGCGGUGGAAUGUGAUGGUUUCAUCUGCAAACGGGCACAGAGAGGGGGAAUAUCCGAGAGGAAAGGGCCGAAGAAAGUGAUUAAGGUGGAAGGGAAGGGGGGGUGGGGACAUAUAAAGACGCAAUUCCCCCCGUAGUGCUCUCUCAUUCUAGGAUAUGUGGAUGAACUCGUCCUCGCCGCGUCGGCAGCAGCAGCAGCAGCGAGUCCCGCCGUCACCACCAGCUCCAGCCGUGUGAAGUUGUGGAUUUUACCGCAGAGUUUUUUUUUUCUCCGUCCCGGCGCGGGUGGACCAGCUAAAGAUGACAGAUCCGUCUGCUAAACGCCACUAUUAAGGAACUUCAAAGUCUUAAAGCGACAGUGACAGACAGACUGCCCGGACAAAAAGAGUAUUUUCCCCAAGAAAGGACUUGAUAACACUACCACACAAAUGUGGACCCCCCAAAAUCUUAUCAAAUAAUCUGAACAACAAAACAAUUAAAAUACAAAUAAUUCUUGUAGCCAUGUCUGACCAUAAAGACAUGACACAUCGCCACCUGCGGCACAAGCUGCAGAGCCUCGGCCGAAGACUGGAUGAGCUGGAAGAAGCAACCAACAAGCUGCAGAAGUCCGAGGACGAGCUACUUGACCUGCAGGACAAAGUCAUCCAGGGAGAAGGCAGCAACUCGUCCCUGCUUGGAGACGUGGAGGACCUUAGGAAGCGUCUCCUAAAGAUCCAGGGUAAGGAUGAGGAGGUGCGCAAAGCUGAGGAUCUCUGCCGCACAGUCCGAGAGAAACUGGAGGAAGAGGAAAGCCUGACACAGGAGCUGAAGGCCGAGAUCGAACGUCUGCAGCGGAGGAUGGCCGAGCUGGAGAAACUGGAGGAAGCCUUUGGGAAGAGCAAGUCCGACUGCAGCCAGCUCGGCCUGAGCCUGAACGAGGAGAAGAACUUGACCAAGAAGCUCUCGUCCGAGUUGGAGGCCCUCAAAGCACGUCUGAAGGAGAUGGAGGGCUCUGAGACGAAGCUGGAGAAAGCGGAGCAGGCUUUGGCUAUGGAUCUUGAGAAACUCAAAGUAUUCACCCAAACCUUCAUGAGUGAGCGUAAGAGGCUACUGGAGAAACAGAGGGAGGACGAGAAGAUCAUUCUGAAGCUGACGGAAAAAUUGGAGCACCAGAAGAAUUGCCUUGGCCUGUCCGCAGACCCUGGUCGUGCAGAUUUUAUGAGGUCACGAAUUGAAGAUGAGCUUUCGUCCACUGGGCUCCUCACGGGUAAACUGGCCGCACGCAAGAAGAGCCUGGAGUACUCGAAGCUGGCAGAUGACAACAUGGGUCUGGUGAAUAAAUCCGAGAAUGAAAAGAACAGUGCUCUAGAAGGCUCGCAGGAUGAGGACAACAAAGUAAAGGAGCUGACACAGGAAGUAGAGCGACUGAAGAAUCGGCUGAAACAGAUGGAGAUAGUAGAGGAGGAUCUCAAGAAUUCAGAGUCCAAAAAUGGCGAACUUCAUGAGAAGUUUCAGAUGGAACGGAACCGAGCUCGGCAGCUGAACGAGCAGGUGGAGCAGCUGAGGACGCAGCUGUGCGGAAAAGCCGCAAUUGGAAGGAAUGGAACCAGUAAAGUGGACAAACACGGCAACGUAAGCACUGACAUUCGCCCCAACAGCCCAGCUAAGGUCCUGGAGAAUGGCAAAGCGGAGACUGAAGAGAUCGUUGGGAAAGGAUGUUUCAGGCAAGAGAAGCCCAAAUAUAGGAGUGCCGCAACGGUCUCGGAGCCGAGUUCCCCAAAACACAGGAGCCGGGAGCUCUCUCCUCAGCGUAAAAAAGAGACCAAGCUGAGGAGCAAAGAUCCCCACCACUCAGAGGAGAGCUCCCCCAAAGCGGUGAGGAGCCCCCUGAGUCCUGCACACAAGAGUAGAAGAACACCCAAAAGCCCCUUCGAUAAUGGAGCAAGACGAGGCAGUGAGGAAAAUACGAGAGGAGCAACUUCCUGCUCUGUAAACACCUCCUCGAGCGACGUUAAGAAAGCGCCGGUUCUUAGCCGCUACCCUCCAGCGGCUAAUGUCCAGAAGCCGCUGAGGACGGCUCACAAACCGGCUGACAGUAAGAAGAGCAGACUAGAACAGUUUUCACAACUCUGCGUGGGGAGCGAUAGUGAAUCAAACUGCUCUGACGCGGUGGCGGACAGUGCCUCUGCUUUGGAGAAGGACGCGGCGUCCGCCUCGGAUCAGGAUUCACUGGACCAGGUUGAGGAAUCUCUCUCCGCCUCUGUCGCCUCGUCUCUGUCCAAAGCCAACGGCGCGGCCUCCAGAUCCCACGUCACUCCGCCGCUGCCCAGCGACCAGGGGUCGGAAGGUCAUUCUUCUGCCUCCGAAACAGAAUCUACUGGUUCAAGGCCCUCCGAGCCGGAGGCUGCGACUGAGACGACCUCCUCAACUGUGAGCACUAGGACCGCCACCUCCAGGUAUGCCAGAUACUCCACUGUAAAUGACUUGCAUUCGGAGGGUUCCUCUUCCAGGAGCUCGUUUGAUGAGGAGCUCCAAAGCAGAACACUGUUACCCCAGGGAGGCCACCAGGGGCCCGCCGGGCACACCGCGUCGGGGGUCGCCAUCCAGCGAGUGCAAAGCCCGCGCGAGGCGCUGACGUCAAAAGCGGUCAUCAAGCCGGCCAUCCUCGAGAUCGAAAGGAAAGAAGUGAUGGGUUCGGAACCUCUGUCUUUAAAUGGCAAACCCCAAAUCUCCACCAAACCGUUCGUGAGCACGGCGAGUAAAAUGACCAGCAGUAUAACCAUCUACCCCAAUGACCCGAGCUCCUCCAGGACGAGCAGUCGCAGCAGCAGUGUGUCCAGUGAGCCCCUGCCCAUCAGGGAACGCCACACCUCCACCAGUAACAUCCUCAUAGGCCCCACCAGUGAGCACCACGGCUGCAUCUCCGUCCCGUACGAGAUCUCCAUUCCCAAAAGCAAGAUCGCCAUGCGGCCUUGCACAGACCAGGACUGUAUAGGGGACGACCCCGGUGAUUUCUCGUCAAGGUCCAAACACCACAACACCUCCAGAGUGGAGACGACCACCAGCCACCUGUGCUGCCAACGCAGCAACUUCAGCCCCCAGUCGCUGGACACCACCGCUGCAGACUGCAACGACAGCGAGUCGGGCUUCGAAAGCAGCAGCAGCACCACGGUCACCAGCUGGAGACACCAAAGACAAAACCAGCACUCCCGAGAAGACAGCUUAUCAGACGUGAAGAAUGUGACCGUGAGAAGCACCUGGAAGAACCGGGGCGCCGCGCCGGCGGACGAGACAGGCCGAGGAAGGGGAGGCGCAAGGACACUGACCGACGGGGGGUCCGAGGAUGAAGCCGAGGUCGCGACAACAUGGAAGGCUUACCGGGCCACCACCUUUGACACAGAAGAAACAAUAAACAGCGGAACAGGAGCUGGUGGGAAUGCUGAGGCACCGAGGGGGGUCAAGCCGUCCCCUGCAGAGGUGUACAUGCGUAGGAUCAAAAGUGUGGGCACUAAUCCCAGGGAGGUCGAGGACCCCCUGCUUCGCAGAGGGAAACGCUCACAGUCUCCCCUCAUGGAAGCGAGAGGCUUGGGAAAGACCGUACCCCACGCACCCGUCACCGCUCAGUCCUGGGGUCGAUCCUACGCACAACAACCACAGGCUGCUGAUGGUGCGGAGGCCGUUCCUAACCCGAGCCUGAGUCCACCCUCCUGGAGGCGGCAGAUCCCCAGCAGCGACUCUCAUCUUCAUGACCGGGCGGCAAAGACGGCCGGGGCCUCCCCCAGAGGAGAGCUGCGCUCAGGUCAGGGUCAAGGGUCAGGGACUAGAGGCGAAGGGAGGAGUGGAACGGGGAGCCGACCUCGGAGCCAUCGUCAGUCCGAGCGUCAUUAGACCAGCUCGGGCCUCAGCAGGACUUCUACAGCAAAAAGACAUCACUCCAACAAGCUGUCAACGGCACAAGGAGGUCCAAACAUCAGUCUCCCAUCAACUAAUGGCUUCCAUCUCCAAAAGUCAACACCUACAGCUUUCAUACCAUCAGUCGCUGCCAAAUAGUACAACAAACCACGGACCGGACAUCCUUUCCCUGAGUGUGUGCUGAGACGGGAACAGCUCAUUCUGUACAGAACUUUCUCUGCCCCUAAAGAGGCGUAACGACUGCGCCUGCACGGCGUUUUGGAGGUCGCCACACCAGCCCAUGUAUCCUCUUCUGCUUCUCGCGUUGGAUGUAUUAUAGUGUAAUCCCGAAACUCGACAAAGGAGAGGCUGGCACGUUGUGGACGGCUCUGGAUUUUCCCGCGUGGCAUUUUAACAGAGAUUUCUUGGAAGAGGGUCUCAAAAACGUUGCGAAGUUCUCAGUUGUCAGAGGACCAUUACGUCGACCUCAAUGGAGCUGGAAACAUGGCUUCUGCAUCAGAAUUCCUCAAUCAAUAAAAAUAACAAAAACGACCCGAUGUUCAAUCAUCAGCAGUACAAUGUUUAAGAUGCGUUUUCAUCUCACAUGUCAGUCCUUCACAGAAUAAUAGAUUUAUCGAUUUUUAAUGUGACCAAAAACAGGAAGCGAAUUAUCGUUUUUGCUGACUCCGUAUGUGCAUUUUCUGUUUUUUUCUCAAACAUGAAUACUUAUAACCAUACAAACACAUGAACAUUAAUAUUUUUGAUUUAUUUUUUACCACCACUCUCGGGAAAGCGGCCUUAAACUCACUUUAAUUUGGGCUUUUAGAUGUUUAGUGUAAGUAACAAAUAAAGCAAUAUUGUAACUGAGGGUGGAGUCUGCCUAAAGCAUUGCACACACAGACCAAUAAACACAUAAAUUCUGA